CUGAAUAAUUGGUCAUGCACGUAAGCCGCUCAAGUUCUGCAGUCAGCGCGACUAUUGUUCAGAAUCAUGGUGGAAAUAUUUUCCCAGUGCGCCAGGAGAUACACAGAAGCGUCAGCCAGCAGUUCAUAUAUGGGUAUGGACCCCGUCCGGCAACUGUAAACCCUGUUUUCGACCCAGAAGCCAUCGAAUAUCAGCCACAGGCGAUAGGUUAUGGACCAGCAAUCCCACGACCGAAUCCAGAACUGCAAGCUGGAGGCUAUGGUCAUCAAAUGAAGGAUACAUACAAAACGAACCUGUUGCACCCGUUAUCAUGAGAGGCCAAUGGCAGUCUAGACCUGAUGAAGAAGGGCAAGCAAAAAGCGCGGACGAAACAAAAGAAGCAAAGAAAAUUCCAGUAUUCACCAUUAUAAAACGCAUUUUCUCUGCGUUGCUGAUUAUUGGAGACGUUUUCAUAGAUUGGACGUCCUUCGCAGAUGUGAUAAUGGGAACCACUUCUGACAAGACGAAUGAAAAGUUUGCUUUCUCUUUUCCAAAAAUAGACGAAGCAUUUGCUGUAAUAAACAAAAGCAAGUCAGAGAGAAUAAAAUGCAGUUCUACGGAAUAUUCGGAUUAUAACACAUAUUACCUUACGUAUUCCUACGGCAUUUUCGUACUGUUCGGCACAUUGUUCACGAUUGUCAAACUGCUGAACAUCAUCGGAGAAACCAUACGUGAAAUUGGAGAAAGGGACCAGAAAGAAAAGAGGAAAAGAAAGAAAUCGGGAGAAAAGAAAUGAAGUCAGUUGGGUUUCAAAUACUUCACGACUGGAUGGAAACGUUUCUAGCGCUUCUCUUCGAAGAUCUUCCACAGAACUUAACAUUAAUGCUGUACUCGUGGACAUGUAAAGGUAAAGCCUUAAAUUCAUCUAAAGUACUCGUUUCAAUGAUUGGCUCUUCUGUGAAAAACAUGGUUCGAAAAUCAACAUGUAAGCAGAAAAAUGCGUGCGCCUGCUGCCUUUACAGGUAUGAUUGCGGUUGCAUGAAUUUCACGUGUUGCUCAUUAAUUUGCUGUUCAUGCCUAAAAGCGGCUCCAAAGUUUUAUCCCGACGGGAGCUUAAUUGCAUACGGCAACAUGAUGCCUAUCGAAGAUGUAGAGGACGACUGCAUAUGUUGUAAAUGCGUUAUCCUUGAGUGGGGAUAUGAAAUGCAUUUUCCACCCGUAUGCUCUUGUGGUCGUUUCAUCUGUAUCAAACAGAUGGGGUUCUGUAUAAAUGAGUUUGAAGAAAAAGCGUGCUGUGAACAGGACUGUUAUGGCUGUUGUGGGAAGAGAAUUGACAAAGACCCGGUAUGGGUAGAGAAAUAUAUCAAUCGACUGCAACAGGGUAACACUGUCAUUAUUGUCUUGUAUUAUUUUAAAAACGCUGUAAACUUUAUUUUACGCAUCCUCGGCUUCUGAAUACUUUGAAGAGAGCAAUGUAUCAUGUAUUUGGUGUUUUCUACAGACAAUUCCUUUAUUGUACACAAUUAUAAUGUAUGUAUUUGACAUAUACACGGAAGCACCAAAUUACUAACCAUGACAUGUAUUAUCUUAUUACAUACUCAAAUCUAUCUUAUGAUCACAAUGUUAUAAAUUGGUUUGCCUGAAUAGAUGGCUUUUAAUUUGCAUUGCUUCAACAUUAGUUCAAUCAAAGUUUGUUUAUAGUUGUUAUCAGUCGAAAACAGUGAUUAUUUUUCCACUGCACUUAUAUUCUAGUAUACUGUCAUUUUUGGGGACCAAACACUUUUCCGUUUAUAGUGAACAUUCGAAAGGCGGUGGCAUCGGGAUUAAACUAUCAAAGAUGUCAACAAAAUAUCUCAGAAGAAGCAUGGUAUUAAACUAUUUCAUCAUUGUAAGGAGUCAGUAGGAAUAUAAACACUCAGAAGGAGGUCACUACCACCUUUAUUAGCUGUAUUCCAUUAGGGUUUAUGAUGUAUGUUUUCAAACAAACUUCUAAUAUUUGUUUUACUAUCACAAUAUCAGUUUUUAAGUGCCGUGUGGCGGCCGUAAAAUGCCACUCCACCCUCAGUGUUAUAUAUUUUCUUUUUCUUUAGACCUAGGCAAUAUAUUCAACAUAUCUGUAAAACAGAGUUCCGCUUAAGCUAGUGCUAUGGCCGUGAGUGGUAUUGCACAUCUUAUCACCUCUCGUAAACAAACUCGGACUCAAUCUAACUGAGUCUGCAAUCUUUUUGUUGGAAUGGUUGCUAUUGAUGUCAAAUGUUUGCUUCGUCCAUUAUUGUAAUUUAUCAUGUAACUGCAGUGUACGCCUUGAUUAUAAUUUCAUGAUUAUAUUAA